UAUUUCUUGCCUUUUUUUUCCAUUUUUUUUAAACCAAAUAUAAUCAAUUAUUACAACCAAAAAUAUAUACUUUCUUUAUUAUCUUGCUAUCACAUAAAUUUCUACCAAUAAGGAAAAUAAUGUAAUAAUCUUGAAGAUCAUAAUAAAAAUAAUAAUAUUAUAGUUGUGCACAUUACACAUGGCCUUUACACUUGCUUAUAAUACUUUUCCCCGGUUUUGAACUUUCUAGUGUUUCUCCUCCUAUAUAAACAACUAUACAACCCUCCUCUCUUACUCUUCUCCUUUAUUAUAUAAUUAACAACACAUAAUACAAUUAUUUAUUCAUUUUUAAUGGCUUCUAAUAUAAGGCUUUUGGUAAGUUUUGUGAUUGGAUUUGUGUUAUCACUUUACUGUGUUGAUGCCAUUAAACCUAGACCUUUAAGGCAUUAUGUUAAUGGUAGACAAGGUUGGGUUCUUCAUCCUAUGCAAGAUUAUAAUCAGUGGGCUGGCUCCAAUAGAUUUCUUGUUCAUGACACUCUUUAUUUUAGGUACAAUAAAGAGAAAGAUUCAGUAUUGGAAGUGAGUAAAGAAGAUUAUGAUAGUUGUAAUACUGAUCAUCCAGUGCAGAAGAAACAAGAUGGUGAAUCAGAAUUUGAGUUGAAUCAUCCUGGCCCUUUUUACUUCAUUAGUGGUAAUAAAACUCAUUGUGAACAAGGUCAAAAAAUUAUUGUUCAAGUUUUACAUUAUCCACCUUCUCCUCCUAAAUCUGCUCCUACCCCUAAAGGCUCCCCUGGCCCCACAAUUUCCCCUCCUGGGUCCCACCUUCAACCUCCACCUUCUGCUUCUACUCCUAAAUCUGCCCCAUCUCCCACUUAUUCUCCUCCUGGCCUCACACCACCUGGUUCUCAACCUCCUACUGGUCAUCAUCCCCACCCGUUCCCUCUACCCCCAACUGCCGGACCCUCCCCUAAAACCUCACCCGGUUCAUCUGGCCCAUCUUCAUCUCAUCCUGGUUCACCUUCCACUCCAUCAGGCUCAGCAACAUCACCUUCUGGAUCGCCUGUAACACCAUCAGGCCCGGCAUCAUCACCUUCUGGUUCUCCUUCCACGCCAUCAGGCCCAGCAGCAUCACCCACUGGUUCUCCUUCCACACCAUCAGGCCCAGCAGCAUCACCCACUGGUUCUCCUUCCACACCAUCAGGUCCAGCAUCAUCACCUUCUGGAUCAUCUGUUACUCCAUCAGGCCCAGCAGCAUCACCCACUGGUUCUCCCUCCACACCAUCAGGCCCAGCAUCAUCACCUUCUGGAUCAUCUGUUACUCCAUCAGGCCCAGCAGCAUCACCCACUGGUUCUCCUUCCACACCAUCAGGCCCAGCAUCAUCUCCUUCUGCAUCAUCACCAAGUUCCAGCAGUCCAGCAGGCCCAGCCUCAUCACCAGCAUCCGGUAUUCCAGCAGGCCCAGCAAUAUCCCCAACAGUGGCUGCUUCACCGCCAACACCCGAAGCAGGUGGGCCGGGUUCACCGCUUGCACCUUCACCAGACCAACCGGCAGACAUAAUAGCUCCAGCACCAUCAGAAAAGAAAAACGGAGCAGUGAGGAGUAAUAACAGUGGAUUUUCACUGGGUGUCGGAGUUAUAAUUGCAAUAAUUAUGUGUUUUAAUUAGUUUCUAAAUUCAUUAUUAAGUCAUUUUCUCAUUAAUUUUAGUAUUUGCUGUUAUUUGUUUGGAGUUUGGAGGUGUAGGUACAUGUGUGUGAUUCAACUACUUUUCUAGAGGCCCUUACUAGUACUACUACUGCUACAUACAGAUGCCGACAUAGGGGGUAGUCGGUAGUAAAGGGUACCCUUUAAUUUUUUAUUUUGGACAGUGAUUUUUUGGUGUAUUAUUUCAGUCUUGAAUAAGUUUCUCAGCAGUACAGUUCAUAUAUUAUUUGAAUACCUUUAUCUUUAUUAUGUGAAAAACAUGAAUUUAAAUCUCUCAAAUAUACUAUUGGGAUGAUCCACAUAAUUUUAAUUAUUUUUAUUUUAAAUUAUAGCGUUGAAUUUACUACAA